AUGAAAGUCCUCAGCCGCACCCUUUUCGUCGGCGGUGUCACCUCCUCCGAGGCCAAUCUGCGUGCCUUGUUUGGCAAGUUUGGUGUCGUUCAAACGUGCAUCGUCAACGUUGACAAGCGCCAUGCCUUCAUCAAGAUGAUCACCCGCCAGGAUGCGAUUGCCGCACGCGAUGGAAUGGAAUCUUACCGCGCGGGAGAGAUGCAACUACGUACCCGAUGGGGUGUGGGAUUCGGUCCCCGUGACUGCAGUGAUUACCAGACGGGUGUUAGUAUCAUUCCGAUCGAACGUUUGACCGAGGCAGACCGCAAGUGGAUGCUUACUGCGGAGUACGGUGGCACUGGUGGCCGUCAGAUUGAAUCUGGCAUGGUGGUGGAGGAGCCCGAUAUUGAGAUCGGUGCGGGUGUCUCUUCCAAGGCCAUCAGCCGUCGCAUCGCAACCGACACUGGUGGCAAGCGGGGCCCAAUCUCCACUCGCACCCAAGGUGACCGUUUCACUGGUGGUCGUCGCCCGGAGCGUGAUGGUUUCGGUGGCGGUCACCACUCUGGUCCUCCUCAGGGUGACCGUGACAUGCCCAACAACGUGAACUCCGCCGUUCCUCCUGCCGUUCCUGCUUACGGAUUCAGUUUCCCUGGCAUGCCCAUGCUCCCCCCUGGUUUCAUGAUGGGUCAGGGUUCCAUGCAGACUUCUCAACCUCCGGCUCCGGGCCAGGGUGAGUAA